GGUGCGCUUUUGUGAAAUACUCCUCACAUGCAGAAGCCCAGGCGGCCAUAAAUGCUUUACACGGAAGCCAGACAAUGCCGCUGAUGCAGCAACAGGCCGCCAUCAUGGCCUCCGUGGCGCAAGGCGGCUACCUAAACCCCAUGGCGGCCUUCGCAGCGGCCCAGAUGCAGCAGAUGGCUGCCCUCAACAUGAAUGGGCUGGCGGCCACCCCCAUGACACCCACCUCAGGUGGCAGCACGCCUCCAGGCAUCACUGCACCAGCCGUGCCUAGCAUCCCGUCCCCCAUUGGGGUGAAUGGUUUCACUGGUCUCCCGCCACAGGCCAAUGGGCAACCUGCAGCAGAAGCCGUCUUUGCCAACGGCAUCCAUCCUUACCCAGCACAAAGCCCCACCACGGCUGAUCCUUUGCAACAGGCAUACGCUGGAGUACAGCAAUACGCAGGUCCUGCUUAUCCUGCUGCCUAUGGUCAGAUAGGCCAAGCCUUCCCACAGCCACCUCCCAUGAUACCACAGCAACAGAGAGAAGGACCAGAGGGCUGCAACCUGUUUAUCUACCAUCUGCCCCAGGAGUUUGGGGACGCAGAGCUGAUGCAGAUGUUCCUGCCAUUCGGUAAUGUCAUCUCCUCGAAAGUGUUUGUGGAUCGGGCGACAAACCAAAGUAAAUGCUUUG